AUCCCAAGAUUCUUGAACUGUAUGCCCCCACCUCUUCUUUUAUUUCAUCAACUUGAGCUCUCUACUGCUAUAUAAACCAAUCUCAUUGCUCAUUUCUUCUCAUCAAAAGCUAGCAUUGUUUCCUAUACCACCCUUAACCUUUCUCUUUUAGAAUCAUUUGCAUAUACUCUUUGUAUUUCAAUGGCCACUGCUCAGGUUGCAUCAGCAAACUCUGCCCUCCAUGAUGACACAACUAAGGCUUCAUUGAAGGAUCAUGAGGAGAAAACCACAGAACAAGUUGUUGAAACUCAAACACCAGAACCAGAACCUGUCUCUGAGAAAACCAAAGAAGAAGAUUCUGCAGUUACUGAGGCCUCAGAACCAGAACCCACAGAAGACAAUCCUUCAAUUGAAGCUGAGACAACAGAGGUGGUAGAAGAAGUUGUGACUGUGACAGUCACAGAUGAGCCAAAAGUUGAGGAGAAGACAGAUGGGGAAGCAAAAAAAGAAGCAACUGAGACAAAGGAAACCAAAGAAAGUGCUGAUCCUGUUGAAGUUCAGGCACCAGAAGCUGGAGAAGAACCUGAGACAGUGACUCUUAAAGAGGAUGCUUCGAAAGAAGAGGAGAAGGUAGCUGAGCCUGAAGCUAAGGAAGAGGUUGUUAAUACAGAAGCCCCGGAUGAGAAGAAAGAGGAGGAAAAGUUGGACACAGAAGGCUCAGAUGAGAAGAAAGAGGAGGAGGAAGUGAUCAAAGUGGCACCAGCUGAGAAGACUGAGUGAAGAAGAUGAAGGGAAAAUGUGCUGUUUAGAGGGUUACUUUUCAGUUGCAUGUCUUGUUGCUUUGCUCCAUGUCUUUUUCUUUGUUUAGUGGUCUAAUAAAAUAGCUGGUAGCUAAAAUGAGCGGUGACCUAUUUGAAAAUGUACCAAUGCAAAAGCUACUCAGUACUCAACCAAAUGGUAUGUAUGUGGGUCUCCAAGGUAGUAUGAAUGAAGUCUGUUAUGGUCCUUGUGAUUCUGCAGAAAUGCAGGAUAUGCUUUGUUUGUUCAAAUAAAUUCCUAGAUUUCCAGUUA